AUGGUAUUGCAGACUCAGGAAGUCCAGAACACCCGCCAGACAGUGGGCUUUGAGCACUCGGAGUGGUUCUCCUGUGGUCCGAGGUGGGUGGAGGUGAAACUCUCCUGCAUGGAGAGACUGGACAACUCGAUGCAGAAGCAGUGGUGGCACCUGACCAACACUUUUUACAUGGAGACCCCAGAGGGAAGCCGCUACCAGUACGCUUCUGCGAAGUUCGUCACCUACAUCCAGCGGUACUGUGGCGGGAUCAUCCAUGUCUCAUCCCGCCUCGAGACGGAGGCCAACCUUCGCCUGGAGAUGGAUGGAGUCCAGAUGGUCGAGAUUUCCCAGUCAUUCCAGGAAAUGACCAUCUCUGGAAAUGGAAGGGUGUCCACCACGGAGCGGACUAAAACCAUUCUUGUCCCUGCUCCUACCUUCCCUCCUCCCGAGCCUGCUUUUGGCCCAAUACUGCUGCCGGACCUGCCGCUGCCUCUGACUCUGACGCCCGUGGUCUCAACACUGAUGCCAGACCUGACACCCAUGGUCAUGACGCUGCCAGUGGUCCUGGCAUGCCUGGCUUUGGUCCUGUCCACUAUGCUGAUGCUGCUAAUCUUCGUGCUGCCUGUGGCCCUGACACCGCUGGUCCUGGUGCUACUGGACAGGGCGACAUCCAUGGUCCUGAUGCUGUCCAUGGUGAUGCUGCAUGUGGUUCUGGUGCUGCUGGCCCUGGCAGCGCUGCUUACUCCUCUGGGGGAUGGAGACAGCAACCUGCUGACUGAGGCCAUGCAGGUUCCCUCCCUCUACCAGUUCUUCCUGCCCUCUGGUCUGGAGGACUUCUCUCUGAGGCUUAAUGGCCUGAGACAAGCAUUUGCUGUCUUGCUCGUCGAGGAGCAGUACGCUAACUUCAUCACCGUGGCAGGGAAGAUGAUCUUGCGCACUAUGGCUGCUCUCAACGGACAGGAUGCUGGUGCAUUUCAAGAGGCCUUUGACCAGCUAGUGGCCUUUGUCCAGACUCCUGGUAGUGCUCAGACCAUUGAGAAUGAGCUGCUGGAGGUUCAGAUCCAUCAUGUCAACCUGCUGGACGUCAUCUUUGAGAUGGUGUUCUUUGGUGAGCUUCAGGGGACUCGUGCCAGGCUGGCCAGUCGGGUUCAGGGUGGCUUCCUGGAUCAUCUGGUAAAAAUUAUCCAUGCCUUCAUGCCCCACCCAUCCGAGGUGUGGCUACCUCAGGCAAUACAAUGCUGGGAGCUGCUGCGGGCUGACAUGCUGGGUUUCCUGAUGGAGGUCUUCUUCCUGGAGCGGAGUGUGUACAGCCGACCGCAGGACCUCUCAGACGGGCUCUUCAGCUGCCUGGAGCAGCGUGUAGACCAGCUGCUGAGCAGGAUGACUGCCACCUAAUAUCCUGUUCUGUGAUUUGGGUGAAA